UAAUAGGUGUCAGUAAUGGUAUGUGUAUUGCAUGUAAUGGCAGUGUUUUGGGCCAUAAACUGGUAUUUUAUUGAGUGAUUUGAUUGCUUCUCAUUCAGUGAUUCAGUGAUGACAUUGUGUUUAAUGUAAAUAUUUGUAGUGUUUAUGGCAUUGACUGCAAACAACAACAUAUCAAUUGGCUAUUUAUAGACCUAUUGGGCGCAGUUGUCUUGUGUGGACAGUUCACCCAAAUUGUGGUCAAAUGACUGCAGCUGUUCACUGGUCGAGUGUUGAUGACAUCGAUGAUGCCUUGGCUGCUGACUUUGAUGGCAGUCUGUCGGGUCUGGGCAUGGAGUUGGGGACCGGGUCUUUCAAUAUGAGCGAGGCUCUGAUGGCUUUGCCUAAUCUGAGUGCUCUCAAACAGGAACAUCACAGCCAUCAUAAUCACCACAAUCACAGUCAUCAUCUGCACAACAAUGUUAACCAUUCAUCAGCUAAUCACCAAAACUCUCGUAAUUCCCAUCACUCAGAAGGAACCACAACUCAUAGGAACAGCAGUGUCUCACCUCUUCUACAUUCAAACGCUGAAGAGGCCAACUGUCCCAUAGCUGUAGUCCACGGAAAGAAAAACCGUUUGACUUAUGGAACUGAAGACGAGUUGGUCACCACUGCUAUCAAGAGGUUCUGCUUAAGUAACGAAUGGGAAUCCAAUCUAAAUGAACACAACAAUCGGUUUCUUAUAUCAAACAAUUAUCUCAACGAUGAUGAAUGCAAUGAUGAAUGCGCUAAUGAUAUUCGGUGCCAACACAGGCAUUCCUCAUCAGUCCCAGAUCUACGCACAACAGUUACCGGAGCUGUCAAUCAAUCGCAUUCAACAGCUUCAUCGCCAUCGUCCUCAUCGACUCCCACUCCGACCACAAAUUCAGUUUUGGCCCAAAUAUUAUCAGUUCCACAAUAUGUGACGGGCUCUCCCUCUCCUACUCGCGAAGUCGUUGCAAACAACUCAUUGAGUACCAGAAGUACUGCCAAAUUUCAAUAUGUUUUGGGAGCGGCCACCAGUAUGGCCAUGAAGUUACACGAAGAGACUAUGACGUACUUGAAUCAGGGACAAUCUUAUGAAAUAAAACUUAAAAAAGUUGGGGAUCUCAGAGAAAUCAGAGGAAAAAUGCUUAAAACCAUAGUUAAGGUUGGAUUUCAAGAAAGACGAUUACAAUAUAUGGAAAAGGAAUUGAUAUCUCAAUGGAAACAACAGAGACCUUCCGAUAGGAUUCUUGAGAUUGAUGUUCCCCUCACUUAUGGAGUACACGACAUAUUUGAUGAUCCAAAACAUGUCAAUAGAUGUGAAUUUUUUUGGGAUCCAACAAAAGAAACGGGAGUUUUCGUUAAGGUUAAUUGUAUAAGUACUGAGUUCACACCUAAAAAACACGGGGGCGAAAAAGGAGUGCCAUUCAGGAUUGUUAUUGAAACCUAUCCGCAUAACGGCACGAGUCCAUCAUCAUGUCUUCACGCAGCUUCAUGUCAGGUCAAAGUGUUUAAACCCAAAGGUGCCGAUAGAAAGCAUAAGACAGAUCGCGAGAAAAUGGGUAAAAAACCGCACUCAGAACAAGAAAAAUUCCAGCCAUCCUAUGACUGUACCGUUUUUACCGACUGUUCUCUCGACUCAUUGUUCUCAUUUAGUGCACCCGCAUCUCAAUCUACCUCUAAUACCAUUUCAAGCACUGAUGCAAAUCCUAAAUCCAUUGAAUCAAACAAAUGUUUAUCACCAGAACAUUCAUCAACUCCUAAACCCAUUUCAAUUAGCAGUUUUUAUGAAAGUGAUUCUUCUCAUGAUUUGAUAUCCAAUUGUUUGCCGACCACUCCUUCAAUCAAUAGUACUUUUAAGCCAUUAGCUGUUGACUCAGACGCCGAUCAGACAACCAAAUGGCUUCAAUUGAAUCGAUUCAAUUCAUAUAUCCGUACAUUUUCCAACUUUGCCGGAUCUGAUAUCCUAAGGUUAUCCCGUGAAGAUCUCAUACAAAUUUGCGGACUGACUGAUGGCAUUCGGCUUUACAAUGCACUUCAUGCCAGAAACAUAAGACCACGACUUACUAUUUAUGUCUGUUUGCAAAACGAUGAAGUGUUUAGAGCCGUCUAUUUGGAAAACUUAUCGGUCAAAGAGUUGACUACAAAAUUAAGUGCAAUAUUGGUGUCGAACAACAAAAUGAGUUUAACCCGAAUCUGUAUGUGGGGUCCAUCAGGUAUUCGCAUUUUAGUCACCGACGAUGUCGUACGUAAUCUUUCAGAAGAGUCUAUGUUUUUAGUUGAACUUAACAAAGAUCAAAGUGGUGACAAACUUCAGGCACUACUUAAACCUUACAACAAUUAAAAAUGUUGGAAAUCAUUAUUGACUGUAA